UGUUUAAAUUUUUAUUCACUCGCUUCACUCUAAUCAAGAGUUCGUCUUUUGUACAUUCAAUAAAUUUCAUCGAGGGUAGAAUGCAUCUGGCGGAGCCGUUCUGAUCUUCAACCGAGCAUGGAUAAUUUAUUGGUCGGACCGGCUUCGACAAGAUCAAAGGCUGUAGCUUGGUUCACCUCGACCAAUGAUCGGCUCAACCAGUGUGUCCAACAAGUCAGGAGCGUUAAUAUUCUUUCUAGACUUCAUCUAGAUUGAUGGAAGUAUCUUCUUUGGCGAGCUUUUGCAGAACUUGGAUGUGAUUAAGCACACCAUCCAACGGAGCAGCGAAACGAUGGUAGACACUUCAGAGUUUGAUCCUGAGCUUGUUCUUUCUCCCGAAUUCCCUGAGUUCGCAUGCGGAACGGGCCCCCUGCAGACAAACACCAAAGAUAACAUUGAACAUAGAUGUAGUUGGGGCCUGCGCUUGGGAAAUGGUGGUUGUGAACGAGCUUAAAUGGGUAACACUUUAUUCAGGUCUUGCCAGCAUUGGCCACCCUGUUUUCGUUUUCACACUUGCCAAAUGGUUUUAAUCUGCCAGGUUUGCAUUAGGUAUGUGCCCGUUGCAUCUUUCGGCUGUUUGGGAUACGAGGAGACAUAUAUUCUUGCUCCUUGCUCUCAUCUUCGAUGUUGAGUUCAGUUCUUGGAGAACAAAGACAUGCGGAUGAAGACAUGGUAGACAUUGGUUCUGAAGAACAUAAAAACCCAAUCAGUCUGCCUGCUUCUGAGGUAUCAGAAGUUGAUGCCGUGCUUUGCACCCUUUGUUUAGGUAUCUUGCAGUUUACCUAUUGCGAUGACAAAGAACUGGUGGUGAAAAAAAGUGCCAAAGAUAUGGCUGUUGCUAUUUCUGAGCUGCUAAAGCGAGAGUGGCAUCAGAUUGAUAGCUUUUCUCUUGAAGUUUCCAUACCUCCAAUUCUCCUUGAAAAUGAAAGCUCAGUUUGGUUGUACAUGAAAAGAAAGUAUGGGUCUGAACUUUGUUUCCAAGGGAAGUUACUGCCUCAAUGUAUAUCUACUGUGGAAGCCUUGAUAUUGUGUUUAGCAAAACCUCUUGAAACAUUGUUGGAUUGUAAAUCAGGUGUAAGUGAUAUCCGCAUCUGUUUGACCUUCACGCACUCUAAGGCAUCGAAAAUGGUUCAUAGCAUUGCAGUGAGCAAACAUGGUUGUAAGAGAACAAAAACAGGCAUCGAAAACUGUAUAGACUCUGUUGAUGAUUCUGUAGUUGGAGACAUUGAAUGCUCUGAUUUGGCUGAUGUGACCAUUCAAAGGUCUUUUGGUGGUUCGCAAGAUAAUGGAUCUCCUCAGAGUCUCAAAUUUCCUUCAGAAAAAGUUGAAGCUUGUCGUCUGGUGUUUCUUUGCUACAGGAACCCUAUCUUUUUCGGUGGGAGAUACCUGAAGUACUCGAGAAAUGUGAGUCAAACACGAUGGAUCAUUGAUGAUGAAAGAAAGGGAGAAGCAUCUGUUGAGGAGAUAGUAGGUGGCAACAUCCUUCCCAUGUGCCAGGGUGACAAUUAUAAGUUUCAUGCUGCUGGGAGAGAGGAUAUUGAUGUUCGAAUGUUGGGUUCAGGUAGGCCUUUCCUUGUUGAGAUACAAAAUGCCCGCCAUAUACCAUCUGAGGCAUUUGUGAAAGAAAUAGAAACAAAGAUAAAUAACUUGGAAAAUAAAUUGGUUGAAGUAAAAAAUUUGAAAGCUGUGGGCAGUGAAGGGUGGGACCUGAUGCGUGAAGGAGAAGCAGAGAAGCAGAAACAAUAUGCUGCAUUAGUAUGGAUUUCACGCCCACUCAAGGAUGAAGACUUGGAAUCUAUUGCCUCAUUCAAGGACAUGAAAGUUUUGCAGAGGACCCCAAUAAGGGUGCUUCAUCGUCGGAGUCCAUUAGAACGUGAAAAGAUAAUACAUUGGAUGAAAAUUGAGAAGAUUGCUGGAAGUAAUCAUUAUUUUCUUUUACAUUUAUGCACUCAGGCUGGAACAUAUAUCAAAGAGUUUGUCCACGGGGAUCUUGGCCGUACACAUCCUAGUGUUGGAUCACUCCUAGGUUGCAGAGCAGAGAUACUGCAACUUGAUGUUACAGAUGUGAAAAUGGACUGUUUCUGACAGAAUGAGGAACACAGGUUUAUUGGGCUUUAGUGAUACAAAUGGCCUUUUGCAAUUGAUGAAAAGAAAGAUGUCUCGUAUUCUCUGCUUCUGAAAUCAACUGCGACUAGUCUCUUCUUUUACUGCUCCGCUUGGUUCUUAGCUGUGUAAUUUUGUCCCCGGCUAUAAUUGGGUUUCAUACCCCCUUUGAGGUAAGUGGGCAUAUGGCUAAUAAUUGUUGAGAUUAAAUUUAUCCUUUCUUAUCGGUUUAACCUUUUGGAAUAAACAGUCAAAUAGAUAAAUUUAAUAGUUUGCUUAUGUUCAACCAUAACUUCCAAAACCAAAACCGUCUGUUCAGAAUUAUCCUUUCUUUCAUGGUUUCAUGGACACAAGGAGUUCAAGGUGAAAGUAAACAGUGCUGAAGUUUUGUAAAUUUUUCUGAUAUGGAUCCUGGACCACUGACUCUUUGUGGUCAUUUUUCAGCUUUGAAAUUCAAAAGGUAAAAUCCUCCGAAUUAUUUCUCUUAGUCGAAAUGAUGUCCUUGCUCCUCUCAUAUAUCUGCUACGAGUAAUAUUAGAUAUAAACAUUAGGUAUGCAAAUCUCGUGCAGAUUUUUCUUUUUAAAAAAAAGUAGAUCUCACUAGGAAAAAUAUUUAUUUGUUUUACACUUUGAUGAUAUCUACUUUUUCUGUUUAAGAUUUGUAUAUUUAGAACUUGUACAAAUAAUUACUUAUAUCUAAUUAUGGUUUUAUUUCAUGUAUUCUUCUGUGUA